AUGCAAUCAACCCUCUCGAUUCCAGAUCUAAAUGCCAACCCAUCCCCCCAACGCAUCUUCAUCGUUGGCGGGGGCAUAGUCGGCACCGCUCUAGCAUUCUACCUCUCCCAAGCAAAAACAAAUCGCCACAUCAUCCUCCUCGACCGAUCUCUCAAGAAGUCCCUAGGAUCAACUGGCCAUGCACCAGGGUUCGUGGGCCAACUCAACGAGUCGCCCGUCCUAACACGACUCGCCCAGGAUACCGUUGCCGAAUACCUCACCGUCCCGGGUGGAUUCAACACCGUUGGAGGAUUGGAGCUCGCGUCCACACCAGCAGGUGUGCAGACAUUACAAUCCCGAUGCGAGAAAGCAUGCGCUGCGGGUCUGUCUGCGGAGAUGAUCUCACCCCAGGAUGCAGCUGCUUUGGCUCCAGACUUUAUUGACCACGAGACUGUCAUGACGGGCUUACAUUUCCCGUCUGAUGGUACGGCUAAUGCGCAGGUCAUUAUGUCCUAUUUUAUGCGGGAAGCUCGUGCUCGAGGCGUGGAGUUUCUGGAAGUGGCCGUGACUGGCUUCACCAAGAAGGAUGCCAAUGACGGAUUGGCUGGGGAGAUUGCAGCUAUUCGUACUGCGAAUGGGAAUAUCGACUUGACAGGCAGUACUGUUAUCCUUGCCACGGGCAUCUGGACAUCUCCUUUAACUGGAAGUCCUGGUCAGGACAAGGAAGCCCCACUUACCAAGCUCCCAGUCCCCAUCAUCCCCGUUGCACAUCCAUACACAUUCACAGCCCCCCGACCUCCUCGCACCGGAAAACCAUAUCCAUUCGUCCGCUGGCCAGAACACCACGUCUACGCUCGAGACCACGGCGAUCACGAUGGUCUGGGUAGCUAUGACCAUGUGCCACUUGAACUAAGGCCCGAUCAUAGCGCCAUCGGAUCAUGGCCCUCCAGCUUCGAUCAAGUCUUAUCAGAAGCUACCUCGCACUUGAAGAACGGAAGCGCCUUUCUAGCGCAGGGGCGCCAGGAUGACUCGAAUCCCUUCGAGGCGAAGAGGCCGUUCAAUGGGAUUUUCUCGGUGACGCCAGAUAAUGUGCCGCUGGCGGGUAGGGUUCCUGAUGUUUGUAAUCUGUGGCUUUGUGCUGCGAUUUGGGUUACUACGGCUGCUGGAACGGCCAAGCUCAUCUCUCGAGAGAUUCUUCGUGAACAUCAGGAGGUGGUUUCGGCCAGUGACGAAGAGGUUCUCAUGGCUUUGGAUCCGGCGCGUUUCCAGGGGGUCGAGCCUGAGAUACUCACUGCUCAGGCGCUGGAACGGUAUAACAAUAUCUAUAAUAAAGAGACUAGCAAGUGA